AUGGCAGAGAAAGAGACAGGUGUUGCGCACAAGGUCAUUUCUGUUAUUUUGCGCCUUGCUGAGCUUGCCAGCGCAAUAAUCGUCCUUGGCAUCCUCUCGCGCUUCUGUUACCUUGCUGGUAUCGCGCAGGUGCAUAUCGACGGACGUAUCAUCUAUGCCAUUGUCGUCGCAUGUCUAGGUAUUAUCUACUCGGUCCUCUUCUGUCCACCGUUCAAGAAUAUGUUCUUGGGCUUUCCAUUUGACUUUGUCUUGUUUGUCAUGUGGCUGGUGGCAUAUUGCUUGCUUCAAACGAGAACCGGUAGUCAUACAUGCUCUGCUUCUUGGUAUUAUAACUACUGGGGCUAUUAUUGGGGUCGUUUCUGGCGAGUUGGGCCUGUUGGGACAGUGCAUAUUGGCGAUGCGGGUUGCGCCUCAUGGAGAGCGGCCUUGGCAUUUUCAUUUAUUGCGUGGUUCCUCCAUCUUCUGAGUGGCAUCCUUGGGGCAUAUGUCUUUGUGACUUAUAUCAAACUCAACGAGUCCAAGAAGGACAUCAAACAACAUGCCGAAAAACUGACAAAACUAACAAUUUCUGCACUGAAGGCCUGA